AACCCAACGGCUAUAUUUCCUUACCUCACUUCCAUUAUUCAAUUUCAUUAACAAUCAUUUCCCUCAUUAACAUUUUGGAUUCCUAUAACGGUCCAUCCAUCCUCAUAAAACCAUCAAAUCAUAUUAACAUUUUUCUCACAUUUUUCUUACUCUCUUGCAAUGGAAACUAACAACUCUACUGCCCCAACAACUACCUCUGCUUCUUCUGCUACUACUGAUGCUAAGGUUCAACGAGUAACAAAGAAAUCUUCUGACGAGCUACUAAGGAAAUUUGCUGAAGUGGGUACCAAUGAGAAGAAAGAGUUACGUCUUAUCAAACGCCGCAAAAAGAUGAAGGAAAAUCAAUCUGAGAGCUCUUCAAACGGCAGCACAGCCGUCGUGGAAAGGAGGUCGCUUUUGCCGGCAACAGUGAGCCGGAAGUCUGUGCUCCGGCAGCUCAGGGUUAGAGAUAACAGAAACAAGUCAUCACUCUUGGGAACCAUUCACAAGACAUGGCGUAGAACUGUAGAAGGUGCCUCUAGAGUUUUCAUGGAAAAGCAUUAUAACCGUCAUAAGCGUUUGAUCAAUGAUAUUGUUUAGGCUCUCUGUUGAGUUCUUGAAUAAUUUACAAGCUAUGCAAACUCCUCAUCAGAUGAAAGCAAUGCCCACCUUUAUGUAUAUUGAACUAUUGGUUUCAUUCAAUUAUUAUUCUUUUUUCUAAUUGUAUUCUUUUUACUAAUUGUAUUCUUUUUUACCUCAAGUAUCAAUUAAAAUGUAUUCAUUUGACUCUGUUUGCUUACAA